ACUUGAUACUUCCCAUGCACUUCCCUCUUCAGCUAACCACCCUUUCCCUACCCCCAGUCAUCCAUGAACCAAGCUGUCAAAUUAGGGUUCCAUAGUUUCACAAAUCUCAAAAGUAAUUCCAAGGAAUUUUAAAAGGUUUUCACUGGUUUCUCCGACAACUGAAACAAUGGGGUCCAAAAGACUUCUUUCAAGUUCGACAUCGGAAGCGAAAGAAAUUGUUCUCAAGGAGACUGUUGUGAGAGGUAAAAUGGUUGAAAGUGAGAUUCUUGUGGAUGAUCAGGAUAGUGUUGAAAGAAUGACAGUUCAACAACUCAGAUUAAAAUUAAGGAGUGUUGGGGUCCCUGCCAAAGGUUCUAAACGUGAUCUUAUCCAUGCUAUGAAGAGUUUCUUGAACAACAAAAACAAUGAUGCAGACGACGGUUCUUUGAUAGUGGAAGAUCAAUUAUCUUCCAAAGCUGCACAAAUUUGUACGAAGAGUAGUUCAAAAAGGAAGGGUAAAGGUUCAUCUAUUGAAGGCCAUGUUCAGAACAUAAAUAUUGCUUCAGAGGUUCAUGGACUUAAACGGACAAAAAGAAAAGUAAAACAGGGCCCAGUUGAGGAUGAAUAUGUUGAGCUACAUGCAACAAAGCAAGAGCUAUCAAUUGAGACCAAUGAGAUAACAGUGCUUUCCAGUAAGAAAUCCACCCCGGCAAAGAGAAAAAUUCAAUCGGAAAUUGCUUUUGGAGAUCUUGGAUCAUCGGGCAUGUUUGACUCUCUUGAGAAUCAAAAUGAGCCUUGGACAAUUCUUGCCCACAAGAAGCCUCAGAAAGGUUGGAUUCCAUACAAUCCCAAAACUAUGAGGCCACCUCCUCUUACUGGUGAUAGAAAUCAUGUGAAGUUGAUGUCUUGGAACGUCAAUGGGUUGAGAGCUUUACUGAAAGUAAAGGCCUUUUCUGCAUUGCAACUUGCUCAAAGAGAAGAUUUUGAUGUAUUGUGCUUGCAAGAGACCAAACUACAGGAGAAAGAUGUUGAGGCGAUCAAAGAUACGCUCUUAGAAGGCUAUGAGAAUAGCUUUUGGACAUGCAGUGUCUCGAAACUUGGAUAUUCUGGUACUGCAAUAAUUUCACGGAUAAAACCACUUUCUGUCAGAUAUGGUUUGGGCAUAUCAGAUCAUGAUAGUGAAGGACGGCUCGUGACCAUAGAGUUGAAUAACUUCUAUUUACUAAGUGGAUACAUUCCUAACUCUGGUGAUGGUUUAAAAAGACUACCAUACAGGGUAACCCAGUGGGAUCCUUCCCUUGGCAAUUACAUCAAAGAGCUUGAAAUGUCGAAACCUGUUAUUUUGACUGGUGAUCUGAACUGUGCUCAUGAAGAGAUAGAUAUCUAUAAUCCUGCAGGAAAUAUGAGAAGUGCUGGUUUUACAAUCGAAGAAAGACAAUCAUUUGAGACAAAUUUUUUAAAUAAAGGUUUUGUGGAUACCUUUAGGAAGCAGCAUCCUGGUGUUGUUGGCUAUACGUACUGGGGUUACAGGCAUGGUGCGCGUAAAACAAACAAAGGAUGGCGGCUGGACUACUUCCUUGUCUCGGAAUCCAUAGCAGACAAGGUUCACGACUCGUAUAUUCUUCCAGAUGUUACUGGUAGUGAUCAUUGCCCUGUUGGUCUCAUUCUCAAGCUCUAGGUUCUCCAGCAUUGCCAGAGCUCACUCCUAGGGCAUCCAUUUGAUUAGUUUUGGGUGAUGGGCAUAAAACAAAGGAUGAAGGGAAUUUUUGAUGGUGGUAUUUACGAAAUUCUGAAGAAAGUAGAUUACCUAAACUCCGUUUUGUUGGCGUGCACAUGCAUGUGGAAGCCUCGACUUCUUUUUGGUAUGAAUUUCGGUUUCUUCACAUUAAUCUCGUAUGAUUAUUGGACAUUUUAGAUCAAGAAAAUAUCAAAGGAACUGUUUGAGUAGGUGGAAAUUUAGAUGCAAUUUCAAAUUAGAAGCUAUGUCCUGGUCUCAUAGUUGUGUCAAUCGGGAAGUGCUGACUGGCAGUUUCAUACUUUUGUGAACCUUUUGUGUAUAAUGCCACCCCAUUUUCAUUCGCGUAGUUGUGUGUGUGCCUGUGUGUUUGUGUGCGUACGCGAGGUGACAAACACAUGAACUUGUGUGCUCUCAUGAUACAGCUUGUUUUUAUAUACGGAAACCUAUGUUUUCAGGCUG